GUUGGCCCAGGUUUGCGCAGUAAUUUAUGCAGAUUUACGAAUGGCAAUGGCCGUGUGAGUCUCGGACCAGCAGCCCUAUCGCAAAGCACCUCCCUGCUUGUUGAGAACACUUUUGAUUGUUCUAAGCAACCAGUAGGAUUUUGAUGGUUGCGACUAUUUAUUAUGGUCAUCAAUAUUGUAACUUUGAGCUGAUCUAUAGUGAGAGAGAGCACUGGUUGAAAUGACAUGGACCUUCAACAGACUUCAGUUAUGAACUUUGAUCCAAACACAUCCAUGGGGCAGUAUGUUCAAGCUCAGAACGCUCUGCAGAAUUUCCAACUGCCACUGCAACAGCUUCAAGGCCAAGGCCAAAUUCAAAUGCCAGGACAGCAGUUACCGCUGGUUCAGCUAGGCCAGGGACAGUUCAUUCUGAACCAGAACCAGCUCCUCCAACAGCUGGGCCAAAACCAGCCGGUGCAGCUCCAGGCCCCGGGGCAGGCCAUCCAACUGGCGGGUCAGCAGGGCCAGGCCAUCCACCUGCCCUCCCUGCAGCAGAACCAGCACCUACAGUCGCUGCAGCUCCAGGGGCAACAGGGGCAAGCGCUGCAGCUCCAAGGUCAGGCUACGGCUGCCGCGGCCCAGCCCAUCCAGAUCCAAGGUCAGAACGGACAGACGAUUCAGCUGCAGGGUCAGAACGGGCAGGCCCUUCAGGUUCACAACCAGAACGGGCAGCAGAUUCAACUGCAGGGCCAGAACGGCCAGGCCAUACAUAUUCAGAAUCAGAACGGGCAGCACAUUCAGAUUCAGGGACAGAAUGGUCAACCCUUACAGUUGCAAGGGCAGAAUGGGCAACAGAUACAACUCCAGGGCCAAAACGGACAACAGAUUCAGCUUCAGGGCCAGGCCGGCCAGUCGGUUCAGCUGCCCAACGGUCAGACUAUCCAGCUGAAUGGGCAGAAUGGACAGCUAGUGCAGCUGCAGAACGGACAGCCCUUACAGCUUCAGCCGCAGCAGCUGGCCCAGCUCCAGGGGCAACAGCUCCAGCUGCACAGUCAGGGUCAGCCGUUACAGCUGCAGAAUCAGCUGGGCCAGGCUUUGCACGGGCAGCAGCUUCAAGCCGUCCAGCUUCCAGGCCAACAGUUGCAGCUGAUGUCCCUCCAGGGCCAGCCGUGUCAGGUGGUUCAUGUCCAGAACCCCAAUGGACAGAUAGUGCAACAGGUGGUUCCACUUAUGCUUGGUGCUGAUCAGCUCGGGGGUCUUAUCAAUCCAGUUCAGCAGCAGAUGUUGUUACAAGCUCAGGCUCAGAACCAGAACCAGCUGGUGGGCCAGUUUGUGCAGACGGAGAGCGGCCUGGUGUGGCAGCCCACGGGUGUGUUUGGUGGAGCCGAGAACCAGCCGGGCCUUGUGCAGCUGGGGCAAGGAGCAGUGGCAAGUCAGAGUCAGCCAACAGUGGAGACGAGUCAGCCUCAAGACUUCACCCCGGCCAGUGUAGCAGAGCCGGUCCCUGAGGCAGAGAACAGCGAGUCCCAGCAGUCAGCAAUAGUCAAUGGAGAUUCUAUGUCGUCAGUGCCAGGAUCAACCAACACAACCACCACGUCAACACCUCAACCCGUUGGCCGCAUCCAGAUCGCAGCUGAAGAUCCUGAUGAAGAUACGCGGCCGCUGUACGUGAACGCCAAACAGUACCACAGAAUCCUGAAGCGACGGGCAGCCCGGGCGAAGCUCGAGAGUACGGGGAAGGUGGUGCGGAAACGUAAGAAGUAUCUCCACGAGUCUCGACACAAACAUGCCUGCCAGCGCACAAGAGGCGUCGGAGGUAGAUUCUUUUCCAUCAAAGUUGAGAAUGAAUCGGAAUUUGGGUUGAAAGAGGAACCAGGCAGCCCCCACCUUAUCCCAGACCACUCCAUGGGCAGCGCUAGUCGAUCGCCUUCUCCUUCACAGCCCCACUUACAGGUGGACGAGACAGACGGUGUCACAGUCAACGGUCAUUUAUGAUGACUCGCUUCCCCCCCCCGCCCCGCCCCUGUGUUCUGUCCAUGUUAUAGUGUUCUUUCCCAGGGAUGGGUGCUCUUCACGUGGUACUUUUCUAAAUUCAAGAUUUUUGGUGGGUGGUUACUUUUCACUCAAACACAAACAUUUUGUGUUGUGUUAGAAAUUUUAAUGUUUUUGCAUUAAAAUGUCUCUGUCUUUUUUUUUUACCAUCUCAUAAACACGGGAUGCUGGCUACAUUCACGGCUCAGUUUCCGUCAUUUUAUUUGUUUGGACCCCUGUAGAGGUAUAGUUAAAGCUCUCGGCCUGUCCAGAGGAUUAAAAGUGUGUUACUUUUGCCAGAAGUAGGACUUCAUUUGAGUGAAUAAAGGAAGUUGUGGGUUAGAUGUAGGCAGCCCCAGGGAAUGCUGGUAAAAGUAAAGUAUAACUCAUUCCUGGUUUUGCGCAUCACAUUGAUCGCAACCAGGUAUUUUUCCCAUUCCUGUAAGACACAGCUGCGACCCUGCCAUGACCCUGGCUGUCGCGAACUAGGCCAAUCUGUAUCAUAAUAUGGUGGACUAUACUUUACCUUUAUUGUUGAAAUGUUUAGAUAAAAGUGUUUAAGCUGAAGUGCAGGGUGCUCUCUCUCACCUCAGUUCAGAAGUUCAAGUUUAUUUAUUUAUUUAUUUAUAAAAAAAAAAAUUGUAGUAGAGUUGUGCCCAUCCCUGGUAACUUGUUAUGAAACACAUGAGUCUACGAGAACUCAAUCGUGAUUUAACUUUUGACUUCCACUUCCAUUGCGCCCCCCCCCCCCCCCGGAAUACUCACAGCAUUCGCUCGUGUUUGGUGCCUUCUUGGGAUUGUGUUGUUGUGUAUUCAACGAUGAUAAAUGAGUUGUUGAAUAGUUUGCAAGACUAUGGUUCUAAACUUAAAUGUGAUUUUUUUUUUUUCAGAAAGAAUAGUGGUGUUUUUUUUUUGUUUUAGAAA